AAAAAAAAAAAAAAAAAGCUUAAAAGAUUUUCCUGUCUAAUUUCCUUCCGCGGAAUCGGAGAAGGAGACUAGAUUCGAUGUGUUGUUGAAGAUCUCGACUUUGUUCGAUUUCGACCUCCACAUUCAAAGAUCCUUCUCAUCCUCUUUGUUAUUUCGUUGAUUGAAUAUGGUUGGUUCGAUUGUUCCCGGAGACAUGGCUUGUUUGGAUGCAGAUUUGUUGCAGCUUCAAGAAAUGUCAUCCUUUGUUCUGAAUUCAAAACCUGGAUUCACUCAAAAGCUCUUCGACCAGUGGCUUUCUCUUCCUGAAUCCCAUCGACAGAUUGGAUCAUUGCUUAAGGAUGCUAUAGCUGGAGCUCCUAUAAAUGUUACUGGAAGUGCAUCGGGUUCAAAUUCUGCCACUAUACCAUCUAUGUUUCCUGCUGGAAGUGCUCCUCCGCUUUCGCCAAGGAGUUGUGGUUCACCGCGUACAACCAAACAGAGAGCCCCUUCUAACUUAGGUUCUACUCUCAAAGUUGUCAACGAGCCUGUUAAAGAGCCAAUACCUCAGUUUUAUUUCCAAAAUGGUCGCCCACCACCAAGUGAGAUAAAAGAGCAAUGUAUGUUUAGAAUCAAUCACUUCUUUUAUGGUCACAUUGAUGGAUUGCAGAUACAAGAAUUCAAAUUAGUCACCAGAGAAAUCUGCAAGCUCCCAUCUUUCUUCUCCACUUCACUUUUCCAGAAGAUCGAUGUCAAUAAUACAGGUUUUGUUACUAGAGAAGCAUUUAUUGAUUAUUGGGUAAACGGGAACAUGUUGAUAAUGGAUACAACGACCCAAAUCUUCAAGAUACUAAAGCAGAAAGAUCAGAGUUUCAUUGUGAAGGAUGAUUUCAAACCACUACUUAAAGAACUGUUGGCGACGCAUCCUGGGCUAGAGUUCCUGCAAUCCACACCUGAAUUUCAAGAAAGAUAUGCUGAAACUGUCACCUACCGAAUAUUUUACUACAUAAAUAGAUCUGGCAAUGGUCGAAUUACAUUUAGGGAGCUUAAACGGGGAAACUUAAUUGAUGCUAUGCUACAUGCUGAUGAAGAAGAAGAUAUUAACAAAGUGUUGAGAUACUUCUCAUAUGAGCAUUUCUAUGUCAUAUACUGCAAGUUCUGGGAGCUGGAUACGGAUCACGAUUUCCUGAUUGACAAAGAAAAUCUUAUGAGAUAUGGAAACCAUGCUCUUACUUACCGGAUUGUCGACAGAAUAUUCUCCCAGGUUGCUAGGAAGUUCACUAGCAAAGUUGAAGGGAAGAUGGGGUAUGAGGACUUUGUUUAUUUCAUACUUGCGGAAGAAGAUAAAUCUUCAGAGCCUAGCCUAGAAUAUUGGUUUAAGUGCAUAGACUUGGAUGCAAAUGGGAUUAUUACGCGAAAUGAGAUGCAAUUCUUUUAUGAAGAGCAGUUGCAUCGAAUGGAAUGCAUGGCGCAAGAGGCUGUUCUUUUCGAGGAUAUCUUAUGUCAGAUGAUUGAUAUGAUCGGGCCAGAGAACGAAAGCCAUAUAACGUUGCGUGACCUGAAAGGCUCAAAACUCUCUGGAAACGUCUUCAACAUCCUUUUUAAUCUGAACAAAUUUAUGGCAUUUGAAACACGGGAUCCGUUCCUCAUUCGUCAGGAGCGUGAGAACCCUACAUUGACAGACUGGGACCGUUUUGCACAUAGAGAGUAUAUUAGGCUUUCAAUGGAAGAAGAUGUUGAAGAUGCAUCCAAUGGAAGUGCUGAGGUUUGGGAUGACUCGUCACUGGAGGCUCCCUUCUGACUUCUGAGUUCAAAGAGGUAGUAAGUCAACAGGAAAAGAAAAAAAAAAGGAAACAGAAAAACUUAGAAGUUGAAGGUUAUGCUAAUGUUGUUAUUCAUCAUAUUAGUUAUUCAUGCAGAAGAGAAACAUAAAGUCCCUGAGAAGAAUCUUUGGCGAAAAACAAGCGAAAAGCCGGUAGUAUCCUCUGUUGAAUCCCAUACUUAGCUUGAAUUUGUUUUCUAACUUCUCGUCAUUUCUUAGCUGAUUAUACAGUUAUAUUUAUUAAUAAUCGUCGUCUAGCUCAUCGCUUUACGUCUUCUUCGCCUGUAUUACAUUCACUUUGUUCUAUCUCUGGGUUUUUGUAUGUACUUUAGAGCUGUGUUACUUCAUCAUCUUCAGUUGUUCGAAAUAUUGUGAAAAUCAAUUCCAUAAUUACUUUAUAUUAU